CGAUUCGUAUUUUUAUUGUAAUAAUUACAGCGCAGAAGUUUGAUCGAUGUAGCUUGAACUAAUUGAAUUCAAAUCUUGAUACCAGGGUAAAAAAUUAUUAAAAAAGGAAUAGAAUAUAGCGUGACUCAGUGGUGGUUCACGCUAUCGCGUAGUAUGAAGUUGUUAUGAAGCAGUGGUGAGUCACGCCACGUCGGACGUGCUACUUUAUAGUCGCGAACAAACAUUACUAUACAAUCUUUAAUAGCGAAAUUGCAUCGGUAUAAUUAAUGGUAUUAAGAUUGCGACACUUUGUAAGAUAUUUUUUAAAUUAAUGACCGAAUUAAUGGCAAUACUUUUAAGAUUUCCGAUAAAAUAAACUCCUUCAAUUUUCUCUAAUCCAUUUUUCCAACGCGUUUCCUUUACCUGCGAACAAUAUGGGAGCCUCUUCAGCCAACUAAUGGAUUGCAUCCGCGAAGAUGUUCAUGCAAAGGCGGAGCUACUUCUCUCGGCUGACGAGAUCCUAUCCGAUCCUCAGUCUCGUUGACAUAUACGAUCGUCAAUCGUUCAUACGGGCGUACGUGUUGGACAACGUGUACGUCUGCAUAUUGAUGCACAUCCUCUUCUACGUGGCACUAUGGCUCGUUACUACGAUAAUAAAGAAAAUGGAGAAGUCGAACAACCAGAUGCUGAAGAUCGUCGAAGAAAAUAGAACGAGACUGCAGGACGUAGCUGCAUUAAAGGACAAGAAAUUAGAGUACGAUGAGAUCGUGGUUAAAGUAAGGGAAACGCAGAAAGUAACUUCGGAUGAGCUGCAGAACGAGAUGCAAAGAUUGAGCACAGAACUAAUCUCCGCAGCGAACAAACUGACCGAGUUGGAGAGUAUCGUCGAGAAAUUGAUUUUCAGUACAAAUCGUGUGGGAAAUCGUGCGAGAGUUCUGCGGACGACGUCGCUGAUCGAAAAGCCUUGUUUGCGGAGAGCAUCGAAGGAAGGACGAGCUCGCUCGAGGAUCUCAAGAUUCUCGAGCCGUCCUUUCCACCGCCCUUGCCCCCGGAACCUCCGCCUAGGAAAUAUGGGAUCUUUGUCACUAGACCUCCUGGGCAACGUCGUCCACCUUCCGUUGCAACUACACCCCCAAAACUCGGAUUCAAGUAAUUAUGCAUCGGUAGAAGCAUCCUCAGAAUCCUUUCAUCGACCACGGAGCAGAGUUAUUUGGAGCAGCGGUGAUCGUCGACGCGAUGACAGGAGAAGGAAACGACGCGGAAAACCUGCGGAAAACGAGAUUGUAACACGUUGCAACGUCAGAAAAUUGCACGCUGAAGCACUGAGGAACGUUACACCUUUCACUAAAUCGCUGCUGGGUUUGGACACCAUUUUCAUUAAGUGAAAUUUUAGUCCCCCUCUGUGUUUGUUGCAAAUAAAUUACAGCAUUUCACCUUUG